AUGAGGAGCGGCGCCGCCGCCACCAGCGUCACCUUGGAGCUGGACGUCCUCGACUGCACCGUCUGCUGGCUGCCCUUGUGCCGUCCAUGUGCCGUGGGGCAUCUCAUACGCUCAUCCUGCCUUGCCAAGCUCCCAAACAGGAAGAAAUGCCACACCUGCUCCCGCAAAGGCUACUACAACCGCUGCUACUCCAUGGAAAAAGUCCUCGGAUCUAUGCAGGUUCCUUGCUCCAACGCCAGGUAUGGCUGCACCGUGAAGACCAGCUACCACCAGAAGCAGGACCACGAGGCGACAUGCCCCCAUGAGCUCUGCUUCUGCCCCGGAAGCGGUUGCGACUUCAGCGGACGAUCACCCGCGACGCUCCUUCGCCACUUCACCGACCACGGCUGGCCCUCCACCGAGUUCAGCUACGGGGCCUCCUUCCGCGUCGCCGCGCAGGAAGAGGUUCGCGUCCUCGUCGGCGACGACGACCACCUGUUCCUGCUCGCCGUGGAGCCGUCGGAGCCGUCCGGCUGUGUCCUCGUCUCGGUGGUCUCCGUGCGGCCUCGCGACGCCAAGCCCGAGUUCCGGUGUUCCAUGUACUUGGGCUCCUGGAAGAACCGGAGCCGCACCGAGUCCAAGUUCCAGGUGCCAAGCACGACGUUCUCUGGCGGGAUGGGGACGCCACAGGACUGCGUCAUGUUCAGCGUGCCCAAGUUCUACCUGGAGAAGGACAGCAAGAUCAGUGUCAUGUCAUCAUGCACAAAGACCACGGCUGAAGCCUCUCUAGAGUGCUCAGCGGUGGACCAGCAGAUCAGCUGA